ACUUAUGAAACAAAACAUAGCGUGUUCGGAAGCUAGAAUACAAAAAAUAUGGAGUUUCGUAUUGUAGGAACCAAACUAAAUUAGUAUAAAAAAAUUAGGGGCAUUUUGGUAUUUUGGGGGGUUUAAGAGCAACUAGUCGGCCUAAAAAGCCAAUUUUAUGAGAUGGGUUGUGGAGGUAUGACAGUCUAUUGGGCCGUAAGUCCAAACCCAAUCACCCAACUGGCGCUAAUGGUAUAAACACGAAGCCGUCAGAGUGAAAUGGAGAGAAACCCUAGCAGCGAUACCCAUCCCAUCCGUGAGAAGUGAACCCUAGCAAGGAAGAAGAUCCAAGCCAGUGUUAUCGCAAUCAUGGCCGAUGUUGAACCUGAGGUAGCAGCACAAGGAGUGCCAAAGAAGCGUACAUUCAAGAAGUUCAGUUUCCGUGGAGUUGAUCUCGAUUCUCUCUUGGAUAUGAAGACUGAUGAACUCGUCAAGCUUUUCUCUGCUCGUGCCCGCAGAAGGUUUCAACGUGGUUUGACCCGUAAGCCUAUGGCACUCGUCAAGAAGCUCCGCAAGGCAAAACGUGAGGCACCAGCUGGUGAGAAGCCGGAACCUGUGAGGACUCACCUCCGUAACAUGAUCAUCGUGCCUGAGAUGAUUGGUAGCAUCAUUGGUGUCUACAACGGAAAGACCUUCAAUCAGGUUGAAAUUAAGCCUGAAAUGAUUGGUCACUAUUUGGCUGAAUUCUCAAUCUCUUACAAGCCUGUUAAGCAUGGUAGACCUGGUAUUGGUGCUACUCACUCCUCAAGGUUUAUUCCUCUCAAGUGAAGAUCAUCAUCAGAGCCCCUCGAUGGAAAGCUAGUUCGUCCAAUUGAUUAUGUUUAUGGGUUUAUGGGCUAUAAUAUACCAGUUCGGUACGUAUUCUACGAAUCCUAGUGUUUUUGGACCGAAACUUACGAAACAACGCGUAUUCGAAAUGUGAGUUAUGAAACGACAA